AUGGUGGCAAUGGCGUCGUCAGACGGUGAGGAGGAUCGAGUUGGGGUCGUAGGGUCUCAAGGUCUCGGCACAGGGGCUGGGCUGCAUGUGCAUGUCAACUUCGCCGGCCCUCCCGAGCCCAACCCCGACACGAUCGAGCUUGUCCACCACACCGUUGAAUCUGGCGUUGCCUUCCUCGACACCUCCGACAUCUAUGGCCUUAACGCCAACGAAGUCCUCCUUGGAAAGUUAACCCUCGCCUGGGUACACCACUGGAGUGAUGACGUUUGCCCGAUUACCGGCACGAUCAAGAUCGAGAAUUUCAACCAGAACAUUGGAGCUCUGUCAGUGAAGCUUUCGCCAGAAGAGAUGGCCAAGCUCAAAUCGAUUGCUUAUACGGACAAUGUCAGGCGUGAGAAUUAA